GCAGACCUGGAUCUCUUUGACGAUUUCACCCCCUUCGAAGGGGGAGCCUUGACCCACAACACGUACAACUCGGCCUACUCUUCGCCCGCCGUGCCGACCCUCUACGAUAGCACGAUGAAUCUCUCCUCGUCAAGCUCCACCAACAUGGGGACCGUCUCGCCAAAGGAUCUGCUGCGCGAUCCUUUCGCGUCUGCGCCCAACUCCACUGCCUUCACCAACCUGACCUCUCCUUCGACCUACAACGAGUCUCCCGAAUACAAGGACAAUUUCGAUGUCUCUCCCUUCAUUGGCAACGGCGAUCUUGAUCACGCGCUCGCGGGUGACCCUUGGUAUCCUCUCUUUCCCCAGGAGGAACUUGUCGACCCCCCAAAGCCAAGCCAGUCCCCCCUCGUUCUUGAUGAAGAGCUCGAGGUCGCCGAGCGCAUCCGAACAAGCACCACCCGUCGUCGAUCUGGAACGAGCACAUCCCCACCUGCGACUUCUCACUCAUCUGUCUCGGGCGUUGGCUCCCGCAAGCGGGACAAGCCCCUCCCACCCAUCAUUGUCGAGGACCCCACCGAUACCGUGGCGAUGAAGCGCGCGCGUAAUACCCUUGCCGCUCGCAAAUCCCGACAACGUAAGAUGCAGAGAUUCGACGAACUCGAAGAGCGAAUUGCGAAGCUGGAGGCAGAGCGUGAUCAUUGGAAGGAGAUCGCCUUGAGGAGAACUGGCGGACAGUAA